AUGUCCAGCGCCAUGUACAACAAGAUGUGGCACCAGACCCAAGACGCCCUCAAUUCUUUGCUUGAUAAAGAGUCUCAACGGAUGAAAGAACCACAGAGAAAUCAAGUCUUGAUCUUCCAGAUGUUAGCCACCUUCUACAUCAAGUACGUGCAGAUCUUCCGGAGCCUGGAGACGGUCUACGACCAGAUGGUCCACCCGCAGAAGCGCGCACUGAUCCGGAGAAUCCUGGACGGGGUGAUGGGCCGCAUCCUGGAGCUGAAGAACGAGAUGGUGGAGUUGGAAUUAACCGAGUUUCAUUACUUUGAUGACAUCUUACAGAACCUAAAGCUGGCUCCCCAACAGUUAGAUAUUCCCAUCCCCAAGUAUUUUUUGAAGGAGAAGUUGGAAGUCAUAAAAGGAAGAGAGAAAAUCCUCGCUCAGAUACUAGCCAACGCUGAAUUGAGAGGACCCAGAGAGAAAUCCUCUGUAAAGAGUCUUCCCCUGGAGCAGGCUGUGAAGACGAUCCAGGUCGCGGAGAGAGCGCGGCAGGGUCGCCUGAGGGCGAUGCUCAUGAAGCAGAUCUUCCUCCAGGAGUUCAGAACGCGGCAAGCCAGGCUCCUCGGCGAGAAGGUGGCAGACACGGGGGUAGCAGCGCUGCGAAUCCAGAAGGUUUGGCGAGGAUUCCGUCAGAGUAAGAAAACCGAGAGGGAGCGAGAGGAGGAGAUGGUGUUCCUGGGCAUGAAUCCACCUCCUCUGUUUAACGAAGUCAGCGCCACCAUAGUCCAGGCUGAAAAGGUGACCUACCUGCGGAAUGAGGUGCAGAUAAAGCACGAGGAGGACUACAGAGAAGCCAUGGUCAGCAUCAAGGAUGACCUGAAGCUGACGGAAGGUCUGGACAUCAAGGAGAACCUCCAAGACCAGAUCCGGCACUGGUUCAUCGAGUGCAGGAACCUGACUGGCACCUUCCCUGACUUCCCCAACGCAGAAGAAGGAGGCUCCGCCGUCCUGUUUUCGAACAAGACCCCACAGCAGAUUAUUGAUGACAUUAUUGCCAGCCAAGAAGAAGAGGAAAAAAACAAAAAGAAGAAAAAGAAAAAAAAGGAAAAAAAGGAGAAAAAAGCCAAAAAAUUAAAGGAGAAGAAAGAACCAAAAGACAAAGAAGACGACGAGGCCUGGAGAAUGUCCCCCAGCGUCUUCCUGCCCGCGAUGGAGGAAGGGAAUAACAUCUACAAAGACCUGUGGAAGAACAAGGACGAGUCGAAGAACUUCCCCCAGGACUACGAUCCGGAGAUGAUCAAGGAGGAGAAGCGGAAGGAGCUGGAGCUGGAGAUCCGGGAACAGGUUGAUGAGCUGAUGAGACAGGAACUGAAAAACUUGAAGCUCGCUGUGAACAGAGAAAAGGAACUCCCGCCCAAAACACCGAAGAAGAAAGGAGGUAAAAAUAAACAGAAGGAGAAGAAAGGCAAAAAAGGGAAGAAGGGGAAGUUUAAGGACCUGACGGGGGACAGAACCAUCGAGUCUCUGUACCAGGAGCUGGUGCAGGAGGGCCUCCUCAUGCAGGUUCUGAAAGUCGGCCUGUCCGACUACAUCGGGGAGUACAGCUACCUGGGGACCACGCUGCGCCGCGUGUCCAUCGAGCCCAUGCCGUCCCUCCUGGAUGUCAGACAGCUCGUCACCCUCUACGGGAUCCUGCCUCUAGGCUCCCAGGCCGUGCACGAGAAGGCGCCCCUGGUGAAGUCCCUGCUGCUGGCCGGGCCGGCGGGGGUCGGGAAGAAGAUGCUGGUGCAUGCCAUCUGCAGCGAGACGGGCGCCAACCUCUUCAACCUGUCCGCAGCCAACAUUGCGGGGAAGUACCCGGGCAAGGGCGGCCUGGACCUGAUGCUGCAGAUGGUCCUCAAGGUGGCCCGGCAGCUGCAGCCGUCCGUGGUGUGGAUCGGAGACACGGAGAAAACCUUCUACAGAAAAGUCCCCAGCGCCGAAAGGACGAUGGAACCCAAACGCCUGAAGAAGCAGCUCCCCAAACUCCUGAAGCUCCUGAAGCCCAGCGACCGGAUCCUGAUCGUGGGGACCACGCGCCGCCCCUUCGACGCCGACCUGCAGCCCUUCUGCAGGGUGUACCAAAAAAUCAUCCUGGUGCCCCGGCCCGACUACGCGUCCAGAUACGUUCUGUGGAGACACAUCAUCCAGCGCCAAGGGGGCGUCAUCACGAGCACCUUGAACAUCAGCUGCCUGGCCAAGGUCGCCGAUGGCUUCACCCAGGGGCACAUCGUGCAGGCGGUCAAAGGGGUGCUCACGGAGCGGCGGGUCCGGCAGCAGUCGCAGAAGCCGCUCGUGGCCCUGGAGUUCAUCGCCGCCCUGAGCCGCAUGGACCCCGUGUACCAAGAGGAGGAAGACAGCUUUAAGAACUGGUACACCAAAACCCCGAUGGGCAAAAAGCGCGCCCUGGCACUGAUGGGAGGAAGUGCAGGAAAGGCCAAGGAAAAAGCGAAAAAGGAAAAGAAAGGGAAGAAGAAAAAGUAA